CAGAAGUGCGCACAUCCCAGCAAUCUCCCGCCCUUCGACGACAAUGCUCACGUCCGUCGUCGCCAAGUUCACCGACUCCCACCUCGCCACGUACGUUCAAUGUCACGCCCGCACCAUCGCUUGCAUUCUUGCACUCUCGGGUGUGACUGUUGUCCUCGUCCACACCGAACCGUGGAAGUUGUGCCUCCUUGCAGUCGCCGGUCUCAUCUUGCUUCCAGUCAUGCUCCAACACAGCUUCUUGGUACAUGAACAGAAGAAAAGUAGCACACAUUUCGUCGCAGGAUGCGGCGUCGAACUCCAAAACACGCCCAAGAAGGACGAACAGGUGCAACCCGUCGUCAUGGACCAAAUUGUACUGACCAACAACCAACCUGUCCCGCCGCUUCUCGAUCCGUCCUACAAUGUGACGUUUCCCCUGCCGUGUGUUAUGCCGGCACUGCCCAUGGACGGACGAAAGGGUCUGAUGCCGAAGAACGUGCUCCAAAUUCGCGAAGAAAUGUUUGCUAAGGCCAUGGGAUCUCUUCGCUCACUUUCGCCUCGUAACCAACCUGUCGUGCAUCACUUGGACCUGAUCAAGUACGCGGAAGAGAUCGACGAACUCGAGUCGCAAGUGCUUUAAUCGAAACGAGAAGGAAUGCAUGAUCACUGGUAUAGUUUGAGUGCGGUGAAACCUCUAACACUACCCUCUCCCUUCCUUUGUAUUUCCGCCAUGGAACCAUACGAAGCAACUGCAUUCCACGCCAAUUGCAAGCAAGUGUCUGCCCCUCCACCGCGUCUACAACUCCUCCAGCGGUGAUAUGUCGGCAUCCGGGUUCGACCUCGUCCAUCCAUCCACACGUGAUGAAUAGGGAGUCGAUUACACUCUUACCGACCGUGGCUACACCC